GCCAGGGUAAGAGGAGAGAUGAGUUGCUGAGUGUGCAUACCUUUUGAGAGCACAUACACACGCCCUGCUCUGGGGCCCUUCUCAGGAUCUUCAAUGGAGAUCCCCCUGGCCCAGAUAUGCCCCCCAGGGGAUCACGAAGCCCCUGCUCCAACCUUCAGCACUUUCCAGACCAUGGAUUUUACACGCAGGAGCUGCCAGAGCCUGGCCUUGCUCCAGGAGCCCAGACUGCAGCCCCUGAAGGUUGAGGCCCAGCCCAGUUCCAGGACUCUGGCUGUCCACGCAGCAGCAUCUCUCCAGACCCCAGACACUGCUUCUGUCUCAGGGAAUACUGAGAAAGCUGAAGAGGUGCCUGGGGAAGAUAGCCUGUCCCUGCAGGCAGAGAUUCUUACUUGGUUCCAAAAGACCCAGGCCCACUGGCUCCUGCAACAAGGGACAGCACCAGACUGGUUCCAUGGCUUCAUCACCCGGAGGGAGGCCGAGAGGUUGUUGGGGCCCCAGCCUCAGGGGUGCUACUUGGUGCGGUUCAGUGAGAGCGCCGUGACAUUCGUGCUGACUUACAGGAGCCGAACUUGCUGCCGCCACUUCCUGCUGGCCCAGCUCAGGGACGGGCGCCACGUGGUGCUGGGCGAGGACAGCGCCCACGCACGGCUGCAGGACCUGCUGCGGCACUACACAGAGUGCCCACUCAGCCCCUAUGGGGAGACGCUAACCCAACCGCUCGCCCGCCAGACUCCUGAGCCCGCAGGGCUCUCCCUAAGGACUGAAGAGUCAGACUCUGGAAGCAGAAGCCAGAAUCCAAGCCCUCAGCACAGCCCAAUCAUGAAACAGGGGCAGGCUCCGGCCCUAACGCAUAAAGAGGGGACUUGGGAGCCAAAAGAGCCCUCUCAGCCACCCAAGACCAAGCCUCCCAUCCCCGCCAAGCCUCAACUUCCUCCGGAAGUCUACACAAGCCCCACUCCGCGACACCGCCCAGUCCCACCCCCAAAACCCACCCACCCUAUCUAUCAAGAGCCUGAUGAGCCCAUAGCCUUCUAUGCCAUGGGCCGGGGCAGCCCUGGGGAAGCCUCCAGCAACAUCUAUGCUGAGGUGGAAGGACUGUCAGCUAUGGCGUCCACUGGGCAUCCCGUCCUCCGGAAGUGCCAGUCCAGGCCCGUCCCAGGAGGUCAGAAUCCAGGUGGUCCACAGCCACUCUCUGAGAACUCUGGGGCUGGACAAGGCCCUCCCCUGCCUCAGCAGCCUGCACUGCCCUGGAGGCACACCCUUCCCCACAACCUCUCUAGACAGGUGCUUCAGGACAGAGGACAGGCGUGGCUCCCCCUUGGGCCUCCUCAAUAGGUGGUGAGUCUGAGCUGGAGGGGGAUAACUUGGGGAUAAAUUGAAGGUCCAGAGACCUUCACACACACAUGCUGGGUGCCCUUCUCAGGAAAUGUGGAUGGUAUAUAAAGGUGAUCAAAACUGGAAAGAACCUCAGCCUUCAUCUAUUGCAAGAAUGGCAAAGAGGUGUCAUCUUGCAUGCCAACUCCAAUCCAUUGGUCGUGGCUGCCUAGAGUGCUGCAUUGGAGAGGAUGCUAAGGUCAUACCUGAACUCAGCAGAAAAGAGCACCAUGAUUGAUUAGUGAUGUCUGCUACUGAUGCUGGAGGGAAGAGGAGCAGUGUUUCAUUUGCCCUUCCUGAUCAAGUCCAGCUCCCUCACUGUGCAGAUAAGAAAACAAAGAGAGGGAUAGUGACUCCGCCAAGGUCAAGGAUAAAACACAGGCCUCCUGAUUCCCCUGUUCAGGUUCUGUUCCUUACCCCAUAUCCUCUAACUCUUCUCCACAGGAAACAUCAGAGAUUUCCUCAGAUAGGAAACCUGGCUACUUUUCCAGACUUCUACCAUCUGGGGGUCUGAGUGCUGGGUCCCUCCUCUGGAUCCUGGUUAGCCGUCCCCCAACAGGUCUGCCCUCCCAUACACACACGCACCAAAAAAACUCUGGAAGUCAGAGGAGCAAAAUGUGGAAUCUGCCUCCUCUUAGGGACACACACACUGGCUGCUUCCUGAGAGUCCCCAGAAAUCCAAUGGCUUGAUGCUUGGUGAUCCUCUAAGACAGCAAAGUGUGCUACCAGAGCCCUCUGGCUCCUCCUGCCCUGGUUUCUCCUCCUGGAGUCUAAUUUCCUUGGCCCUCUGAGCCUUUGAGUCUGGGCCCCAGUCCAAUGCUGCUGUUGUCUGAGGAAUGGUUUGGUGAGAACAGAUGUUAGAACUUGUUUGUUGAUUCUUGUCUGGCUAAUAAAUCAUCGCCAACAACCUCCCCCAACA